AUGCAAGGUUACAAUACAAGAAGCAAAGCUACUUCAUUAUCAACAACAAAAGUUAAAGAGCUAGAUAUGAAAACUGAGCAGGACACGCUAGUGGAAUUAUCUCAUAAUAAAGAAGAAACCAAACCAUCAACAACAAUAUCAAAAGCUACAGUAAUGGAUAUGAAUGAUAGUCAUGCCUUAUUACCAGAUUCGAAUGAUAUCAGUAAUAAGUCACAUGUUGAAUCACAACAUAAUGCCCGAAUUGACUUAGAACAAGAAGCAUUGUUAUUAGAUAACGCUCAAGAACGGCUGUUACCGCUUGUCUGUCAAUCAAAGGCAUCAUUCAAGAUUCCCUUAUUUGAUGGUCAACCAUCAACAAGUUUUACUGAUGCACAAGAAUGGCUGGAUAUUGCCAUGAUUCAUUUACAGAAGUUUAGUUAUGCUGAUGAUCGUUUGAUUCUAGAAUUGGCAUCGUAUUUACGUGGUACUGUAGCCAGAUGGUUUAGAACAAAUCAGCAGAAUUUUAAAACAUGUGAUGAAUUUGAACAACACUUUAUUGCUAAAUUCCAAAAACAAAUUAUGACACAAACAAAUAAUACAAACAAUGUUCAACAAACAUCUUCCGUUGAUCAACAACCUAUGUCAGGAAAUGAGUCAACAUUGAAUAAACACAUUAUUCAACAAUCAUCAGCUAAUUUCACAACUGAUCAAUCUCAUCCAUCAUUCGUUAAAACAGCAGCAAUUAGUAUAAGUAAUCAAUCACAACAACAUGUUUUAAAAUUUUCAGGAUCACUAGAUGAAGAUCCUGGUGUAUGGCUUGAUUCUCUAUUAGUUGUUAUUGAGAAUACUGAUAUGAAUCCUCAACAACGACGGGAUUUUGCAGCUGCACAAUUAGUUGGUAAAGCACAAGAAUGGUAUCGCCGACAUCGUCUACAAAUUUCUGAUAUACAUGCAUUUAUCAACGAAUUCAUUAAUACCUUUCUAUCAACAAAAAGAACAGUCGAUAUAGCAGAAGCGUCACCAGCAUUGACAAAUGAAAUAAUAGCAUCUGACAUUAAUACGGUCAUAACAAAAUUUGAACAAGAGUUACGAUUAAAAACAUCAAUUAGAAUUAUUGAUGAUUUUCCUUCAUUUACAGGUAAACCAUCCCAAAAUAUUGACAAGUGGUUGAAUGAUAUGCACAGAAUGUUGAUCAAAAUGAAUAUUAGUGAUGAUACAAAGCAUCAACAAAUUGUUAAAAAACUAACAGGUGCAGCAAAGGAAUGGUACAAUAAUCAUCAAGAAGAAUGUUCAAAUUAUAUAUCAUUAAAAAAUGAACUGAAAACAACAUUUUCAUCAUCAAUUAGAGACGAGAUGGCAUUUCAACGACUACCACGGCAACAAAAUCAUAAUGAAACAAUUAUUGAUUAUUAUAACCAUGUUUUAGACUUAUGCAAACAAGCUGAUCCAAAUAUGAGUGAUGAAUCCAUAGUUAAAUAUUUAAAACAAGGUGUUAAACAAUCAUUUCGUGAAAAAAUUAUAGAACAAGAUCCAACAACACCCAAAGAAUUUCUUCGAGUAGCUCGUCGAAUUGAAGAUAUAAAAGCUAGUUUAACAAUAAAUACAACAUCCACAUUAACAUCAUCUAAUUAUGCUUCGCCAUCGAAUGGUUAUCAUCCAUCUCGUCCAUAUAACAAUAAUAAUUAUAAUUAUAACAAUCGUGGUGAAUAUCAACAACAACAUUUAUUACCUUUACCGACGAUGCAACCAACAACAUCCAUGUUACCGCAACGAGACGAGAAUAUGUCGUUAUCAUCCAAUAAUCAUAAUAAUGAUUCAUCUCGACGGCAAAAUAUUACGUUAACGAGAUCACUGGAUGGUAGUGAUCUCGUCAAUAAUAAUAUUAAUAAUCCAUCACCGUUACCGUUCAUUUGCAUUCCAGUUAAUAAUAUGUAUAUAAAAGCAUUAGUCGAUACCGGAGCAACACGUAAAAUUAUUCAACAGGAUGCAUUAAACAGAAUUCGACAUAAACGCGAUUAUCCAGCUCAACAAUGCUAUCAUUUAGCUGAUGGUGCUUCAUCAUUAUCCAUUAUCGGCUAUGUUGAUCUUGAGAUUCGAAUCCAACAUGUUAGAACAUAUGUUACAGCAGCCGUUGCAAAGUCAUUAUCAUGCCCACUGAUAUUGGGACAGGACUGGAUCACAUAUUACCAUGUUGACUAU